AUGAAGGGCAGCCGUUUAAAAACGACAAAAAGCGGCAAAUGUAAAGUUACAAUGAACCACGGCAGGGAGCAGCAAACUUCAAGAGCCAGCAAGGUUUUGGCCGAGAGGAACCGGGCGGUGGUGGCGGUGGGAGCCUGGGUGGAGGAGGGACAAGACUUCGUGGAGCAUCCCUGUGUGAGUUUGAUUCACUGUUGAAACAGCGACAGCCAGUCUGGUUAUACUGUUGCUAGGUUACCGCAGAACCGUUAGUAAUGACGGUCAAUGACUUUUGAGAUGUGCUAGUGCGUCUCAGUAAACCAGAGUUUCAUUAAAAGUUGAUUUAUUUCAAUAAUUCAGUUAAAAAAAAGUGAAACACACAUGUUUAUAGAUUCAUUACACACAGACUGUUAUAUUUCAAGUGUUUAUUUCCAUUUUUAAGAUCAGAUACUAAACUUAAAACACCUGCAAAGAUGUUCUGGGACUUAAAAUGGUCUAUGAGUCUGGAUCAGUGGGCCACACUAUUAUGGAGAAGACUGCAGACUUGACAGUCGUCCAGAAGACCAUCAUUGGCACCCUGCACAAGGAGAGUAAGACACAGACCAUUGCAGAAGUAGCUGUUCAGAGAGUGUUGAAUUCAAGCAUGUUAACAGAAAGCUGAAUGGAAGAAGUUCUUGGGUGACUUAGGCCAGUCAGCUAAACCUAGCCUAAGAAACCUGGGUGUCAUCUUUGACAAAGACAUGUCCUUAGUGUAACACUGUAAAUAGUUGAUGAGAAACUGCUUCUUUCAACUGGGGAAAAUCUCUAAGCUUAAGAAAAUGGUGUCACAAAAUGACUUGGAGCCCGUCAUUCAUGCCUUUGUGUUGUCACGUUUAGACUACUGUAACAGUUUGUUUUCAUGUCUGAACAAAAAGAAGCUGUCUCGUCUUCAGUAAGUACAAAACUCUGAGAAUUCUAACCCGUGCUAGUAGGAGGACUCACAUGUCCCCAAUUCUUAAAGCUCUACAUUGGCUGCCUGUGUCCUCUGGUCCUAACUUUUAGAGCCUUGCAUGGUCAGGCUCCAUCUUAUAUUUGUCAUCUGAUCCAGCCUUACACCCCCUCUUGGGCUCUGAGGUCUGUGGAUCAGAAUCUGCUGAUGGUUCCACGCACUCGUUUUCGGACCAGAGGAGAUUGAUCCUUCCAGGCUGUUGCCCCCAGGCUUUGGAAUGAUCUUCCUCUCUCUCUGUGCUUAAUUGACUCUGUUGACUCCUUUAAAAUCCAACUCAAAACUUAUUUAUUUGCUUAGGCAUUUGUUUAAUUGUUUUUUGGGGCUGCUAUAACUGUUUAAUGUUGUUGUCUAGGCCUUUAAAUUUGUAUGUACAUUUUUAUUUUUGUCUAUGUGAAGCACUUUGCGACUCUUUUGUCUGUGAAAAGUGUUAUACAAAUAAAGUUUACUUACUUACUUGAGAAAAAAAUGUGGCAGAAAAAGGUCAACAAGUAACAGAGAUGACCGCAGUCUGGAGAGGAUUGUGAAAUGAAGCCCGUUCAAGUAUUGGAGGAGAUACACAAUGACUGCUGGUGUUGGUCUACUGUGUUUUAUCAGGUUAAAGGUCACUACAUCCUUCUACCAGGGAGUUUUAGAGCAUGCAAUACUUCCCUUUGCUGACCAGCUUUAUGGAGAUGCCUAUUUCAUUUUCUAGCAGGACUUGGCACCUGCCCACACUGCCAAAAGUAUUAAUACCUGCUCAAAGGACCAUGGUUUUUCUGUGACCGAUUGGCCAGCAAGCUCACCUGACCUUAACUUUGUGGAGAAUCUCUAGAGUAUUGUGAAGAGGAAGAUGCAAGACACAAGACCCAACAAUGCAGAACAGCUGUUGUGUUUCAACACCUGAAAUCUAUCAGUCUGUGUGUGAUGAAUCUAUGUAAUGCAUGAGUUUAGCUUUUUGAACAAAACUACUAAAAUAGUCAAAUAACUUCUGAAGGAAAAUGUAGAGGUAACAAAAAUGGAAAUCUCAUUCAAGUACAAGCUCCUUAAAUUUGUCCUGUAGUGCAAUAUCUUCAACUUUACAUAUUUUGUUUGGUUACCUUACCUUUUAUUUUAAGAUCUGAAUUUUCAAUCUUGUCAAAUCGUCUCUCUAUUGCUAGAGUAUUUCAAACAGUCUCCCCUGUCUUUGCCUUAGGCUCUUGCUUUGCUAACUGAGAAGAUCCAGGCAGAAAAGAGGAGGCUGACCGAAGAGAGCCUCAGACGAUUCCAGGAUGAAGUACGCCAUCGUGUGGCCCAGCGAGCACAAGUCAGCAAACUGCAAGAGCAGCCUCAGGCAUACUCAAGAGUAUGGAUUACAAUAUAUUGACAGACAGUGAACUGACUAAUCCUUUUGGUUCCAAGCAAUUGUUCUUGUUUGUCUCUUAUUGAUUUCUCUCCCCUCAUUGUAAAACUGUGUGUUUAUGUCUCGGUGAAACAGCUGCACUAUGUCCAGACCCAGAAUGUGUCUGCUAGUAAAAAGCUGAUGUCUGCAGGAGGUGCUUCGCAGCAGAGGGGAAAGGGGGGUAGCUCUCAGGAGGUGAGUGGGUAUUUAAGUAUUAAAUGAUGCAGGCUUAGGAUAUGCUAUCCAAUGUUUUUUUCACAGUUUUCAGGCUCUGACUCAGACUCACUUCAAACAUCUUAAUGUCUCUGGCAACAGUACAUGUAGAGCAACUUAAGAGAUACAAGAUAUAAAUAAAACAAACGGUAUAACAUUGAAUAGAUUGAUAAAUUAACUGAAUAGAAAUGACCAGAUGUAAAUGGUUUAUACUUUUAUUUUCUUCAAAUCCUCUGUUUCGAUUAAUGCUUCAAGCAAGAGCAGCUUCAUUAUAUUAGAAGAAAAGUUCAACCUUGGUGGUGACAGUCUGGAAAAGCCCUGUUCCUUAAAACAGCAGCUGCAGAUCUGUACCCGUAGAGAACUUGGUGUUUCUUCGGUGUGGGCUGGGUAAGCCUGACAGGCUUGCAUAAAACCCUGACCUCUACCCCGUCCUUUUCCUUUGGGAUAAACUGGAGCACAGAGUGUGAAAAAGGCUUUAUCACCAAACAUUCCAAUGUGACCUCUGCAAUGCUCGCUGGGCUUAUGAAUUCAAGCAGAUCUUUGCAGCUAGGUCAAAACAUAUUAUAAAGAAAGUGGAAACAGAGGAGAGGAGGGUUUUAAAACAGCUAAAUGUUGGUGUUUAUAGAGACCUAUUCGGCUUUCACAUGUGGCUGGACGUUUGCCUGCUCAGCAAAGAGGCGAAGGGGUUCAAAAAUGUGCAAAAAACAGUAAAUGUGAGGCAAUCUAGAGGCAUUGUAGAUCCACCAGAUUGCUGUUGUGUAUUUAAACAGGAACGUUUCUACCUUAGAAUGUUGGAGAACAUUUUUUCUACCCUAACAAAACUUGACCAUCCUUUUUAGAAUACUUGACACUUCAUUCACGGAAACUCGAGUAUUAAAAGCUGCAGAAUUGUUAUUUUUCUUCAGAGCGGGGUUAUUUCACUCAAAACUCAGACAUAGAAACAACAAGUGAUUGUAAAAAUACAGAUUAGUUUGUACAACAAGCAAUUGAAGUUGACAGAAUAACAAAAAGUAUCAAGAAAGAAAAAAAUGUUCAAAUGAAUAAACUUGCAAGUUGUUUUCAUAAUUCCAAUCUUUAACGAUGGAUAUUAUCAGCUUAAAAAAAAACAAUCUGUAUUUACUUGGUUUUCUCACUUUUGUGGAGGCUUUAAGUCUGUCCAAAGACCCAGCAGGUUUUCAUAAUCCCUUAAUGUUUACUCAGCCCUGAGUAGUUUUAUAUCCCUCAGUAUGUGGUCUGAAACUCUCAGUUGUGCAGUUUAUCACAGUCAGACUGUUUGCAAUGUUUCCGUGUGUGAGUGAUAAAAUAAUGUGACAAUGAUUAAUCUUCCACAUUAUUUAUUUCUAUUAUUUUCCAGUCUUUUGAGAGCAUGAAGCAGGUCAGACUCAGACUGGCAGCCUGUCGGAUGGACCAACAUGGGGAAAUGACGUCAGACCUUCCUGGAGGCGAAUGGAACAUCUCUCCCUCCAGACAUGUGAGCGCCUGUGUCUCACACUUGUUCCUCUUUUCCAUUUAACACUGUUACCGGCGAUCUUCAGGGUUCUCAUCCAGAGUGCAUUACACAUCAUUUUCUCCUGCACUCCACAGAGAUCUAAUGUGCUAAGAGAACUGGAAGUGGAACACAGGGAGGAGGUGGAUGAUGUGCCAGAAGAGGAGGAAGAGGGAGAUGAUCAUGUCAUCAUCAGUCAGCACAAGUGUCCCCUUGUUCAGCAGAAGGUUAAUCAAUGCCGACAGCAGUAUUGGCAUCUUUAGUCUCGGUUUAGUCUUUGUAUCAUGUUCACAGCCUCUGAAAUGCAUGUGAUGAUUCAUCAUCACCUGGCAAAUAUGUUGCAAAAUCAUUGCAAUUUUGUCAUAUCAAGAUAAUAACAGGAAGAGAAAGAGGGAAUAAUCUCUCAGAAAUUUAACAGAAAGUUGAAUCGAAACAUGUCAAAACAACACCCUCAACUUUCUCAGCUUUCUCAUUACUCCAGACAUUUUUAGACACUCAGACAUUCAUUAAUCUUCUAAAACUUCACAGGAAAUGUGCUAAAUAGUAAAUGCUACCUAAAAUCAUCGGAUUCCGACUUUUUUAUCUGUGUAAAAAUAAGUCUGUGACCCAUAAACAUCCCGAUGUCAACUGCAAAUGGAUGUGGCUAAAUAGAUGUUGCCUCAAGCAGAUAAAUUCAGAUGUUACUCUCAGAACUUUACUGAAUUUGUGCCAAAACUACUUUUCUCUUUCAGGAAAGAUCUCGACAGGGAGGGUUUUGCACAGCAGUUUCGAUUUCGUUAAGACUAAAUCUGCCAGGGAAAAUCUGGUGAAACUGUUAGCUUUUUAGGAGGGAUUUAUUGUCAAUAUAUAAAAUGGACAGUCAGUGUAGCUUAAUUUCCACACAUUGAGAGAUGUGGGGCCUGAAAAGGUCUUGAUAUGUACCUAAAUAAUACACUGGUGCGGCUGAAGCACUCACUGAAGCAACAGUGCGUCCGUUUUAAUUUGCAGUCUCAUUGUUUUUAUGGAGUUUGUACCAAACAGCCUUCAGUUUGAUCAAUUACAUUAGUUAUAUCCUGCCAUAAAGAAGCAUGGCUUAUAGAGUUGGGGUGUAAAAAUGAUCUUCAACAGUGAAAAGAAUCUGAUAGCCUUGUAAUAUUUACCUUCUACUUGCUUUUGUGAACUCAAACACCCAAGGACUAUAAACUUUAUGAUCAUGGUGUCCUGAACUAGCCAACACAUGUACAGUGUGAAACUGGGGCAAGUUCCUCUACACGACAAUUCACAAAAUCAGUUCUGUUAUAUUUUAACACAUGACUGAUAUAAUCUAAGGUAGAAAAAAAAGCACUCCAACUUCCAUUUCCCUUCAGCUGCUUGUGAUUCACAGCUGUUUAUGCUCCUAACAUGGAACAACAACAUUCAUAGAGUUCAGUGUUUCUUUGUUUUUCCAUGCCCUGAAACUGAUUUCUUUUAAUAAUAUUUGAGUUAAAUCUUCGGAUGAAUCCCAGUCAGUAAGCCAACUUGAAACACUGGUUGAUUGCAGCAUUGAUGAUCAAAGCAUAUGAAGGGGUCAUAACAAAAAAAAAAACGAGUCUGUUGUGUGCCUGUUUAUGUCACAGGUGAGUGGACAUGUGUUGUGGGAUUCUGAGGAGCCACAGCCUGAUUCUGAUUUUCAAUGUGACCUCAGAGUCCCUCGUGCUUUGUGGCCUCUGCCUGAUCAGGAGGAACUGAAAAGACAGGUAGACAAUUAUGCAUGAAGCUUUCUUUAACAUUCCCAGGCUGUGACCAGAUGUUAAAAAAUGGCACAUCUUUCUCCUCAGCGUCAGUCUCAGUUCCUGAUGAACCGACGUCUGUACAUGAAUAUCGAGCGAGAGCAAGUGAAGGAGAACAAACUGCACAGGAAACACCUGAAGAGGACAGCAAGGUGACAAGGCAGUAAUGCUUUCCUCUGCGUCACUUCUUCAUUUUGUGAAAAUGCAAACUUUGUCGCCAUUUUUCUAAAACUUGUCCAUAGCUUGUCAAAUAACCAACUUCUGUUCAUGAAAAGACUGUUCUUUUGAUGAAGAGCAGCAGCCAAAUCCAAGCCUAUGAUGUGAAUAAGUAUUGACAGUAGACAAAGUAACACAAUAUCCACAUAUGGUGUAGUUAUUGCUCAAUAAUUUGCCUUUCUGAGUGGCAUACAGACUAAAUUAUUGAAGCGAGCAUUAAAGCAAGUGAGAAUCUCUUCUGAGACAUCUGUGUAUUUACUGAAGGAUCAAAGCUGAGAAAGAACAGAUGCGUUUGGAGGAAGAAAGAAGGUUGGAGAGAGAUCGGCAGCUUGCAGACGCCAGACAGAGGCUGGAGGAAAGAGAGCUGCUGAUCCAGGAGAGGCUGAGGCUUGAGGAGGAGGAGAGAGCUGAGGAGCUGCAGAGGAGGAGAAGUAAAGAGAAAGAGAAAACAGAGUUAAGGUGAUUAAUAAAUAAUCCUUCAUUUGUCUGAGUUUUAAUGGUUUUAUGUUAGAAGAAGAGAUUGUGAACAUGAACCCGGUGAAACAAAUUUUUUAAGUGAAAUAUAAAAAUCUAUCGCUACCUUUACUGACAAACUGGUUGCAACUGUGCAGGUUUGUCGAGGCCCUGAGAGCUAGGAUGAAAGAGAGACUUUCUCAAGAGAAGCUUGACCUCCCUCCUCUCUGCUGCUGUGCCUCCUCUUUCUGGGACUCCCACCCUGACACCUGCGCUAACAACUGCGUCUUCCACAACAAUCCCAAAGGUACUCGCUGCCACCUGCUUCAGUCUGACCUCACAUCACCAGUGAGCUUUCAUGCAAACAUACAUGAAACGAUAUUGUUGACAGAAGCAUUUUCUCUCCCACAGAGUAUGCCAAGGCCUUACACUCCACAAUGCUGAGCUUGGAUUUAUGA